CUGUCCAGUGGAAGACAGCUUUGGAUUUAAAAUGGAGUACACCAGAACAUGCAAAAAGUGUGGAGUUCAAUCAGUCAGACAGGAACAAUUUACUAAUCUGUCUCUGGACCUGGUUCCUGGAGGGUGUAUUGAAGACAUGAUUGAAAAAUAUCUUCUGGAGGUGGAGCUGGAAUACAGCUGUGAGUGCGGAGGAAAGUCAUCAGGCCAGACUUUGACCUUUGCAUCCCUGCCAAAAACAUUCAUCAUACAUCUGAAGCGUUUUUGCUACACUCCAUCCUUCAACCUGCAGAAAAUCUAUGACCCUGUGCAGAUACAGAGGGACAUAGUUGUGUCAUCUAAAAUGGGUGGUGGCUGUUUCAGUCUGGUCAGCGCCAUCAGUCAUUCAGGCAGUACUGGAGAAGGACACUACAUCUGUGACAGCAUCGACCCAGAAGACUGUCCACUGGAGCCAACUGACCACUGGCUUACUUUCAAUGACUCAACGGUCCUUAAAACAUCUGGCUGGGACGUUUGCAAGAAAAGGCAGGAGCUGGCGUACAUCCUUUUCUAUCGGAGACAUAUCUAGAACUGGAUGUAGAAAGGGGGUGGGGGGGCAGAAGAUCCAGCCACAGCAACAAAGAACCAUAAAUAAAGUGUCAGGGACCAGCUGCACAAAGUAACAUUUGAGGCUAAAUCCCAUUUUACCAGAGAAAUUCACUCAUAAGUGUAUUUAGUAACUUUGCUCCUCAAAAAUGAUCACCACAAGAGGGCAGAGCUUUACCAGAUGGGAUAUGUUCUCUCCCAAUCCCAUUUAAUGUUUGAUUCAUUCAUUCAUUUAUAAAUAAAUAACACCGUCUCCCUCACCAAGCUUUUAAAAGAUGAGAGUGGAGUGGUAUGAAAGAACUGACCUUUAGUUUCUGCUGCAGCAGUUUGCAAUAGAAAUGUAGAAAUGAUAGUGCAGACUUUGGGGAUAAGCAGGUUAGUGAAAGUACUUGAGUGAGGAGUACAGUAAAUUAACAUUUAAGAUACCAUAAAUGUUAAAUUAACAUUUAAAUGUAAAAUUAGCUUCUAAUAGUUGAGAACAUUAUCAAAUUCCCACUUCUUGUCAAAUGACCCAAAUUGAAGUAUUUAUUCAACUUAAGUAGAAGCUUCACUUUCAUUUGAAAAAGCUUAAACAAAGUUUUAUGACAUGGCCAUUGAUCCCCAGAUGGAGAAUCAUCUAUCAUAAUCUAUCUAUA